GCCCUGGUUAAGUGGGCAAAGACCAAGAGCACCUUGGGGCCUCAGCUGCAAACGCGGGAGCAGAUCUUCGGCUUUGCGACAACGGCGUUGUCGUUGAACAAGCAGGAAGAGGGAGUUGGCUACCACAUCGCCUUCUGGAGCUCUCUACCUGAAGCAUUGCCGCAGACCAUCAAAGAACCUGCCAGGGCAAAGGUCCUUGCCAGCAUCAUGGAGGAGCUGUACUUGCCUGAUGGGUUCGAAUCCAGUGACCGUGCCUUCUUCAUUGCACAUGCCAUGGGGCCAGAAAAAGUGAUUGGCAAAACGGAUGGUCCAAGCGGCUGGCGGUGGGACAGCAAGCUUCCCUUCGAGGCUGUUGUGGGGGAUGCCUUUGUGACCGUGAGCGAGGACGGGGAGGUGCAGGCCUUCUUGCGUGGAGUUUGGUCCUCUUGCGGCACCAUCAACCGCGACCAUGGCCAUGAUGAUGUUGUGCGAGGCUUUGACAAGUACAGGAAGAGCACAUGGAGAUCCGGAGUACUGAAGCAACCCUUGCUGUACACAAUGCCGCUGGACAGCGCUAUCUUGAAGUAUGUCGGGAAGUGA